ACUCACUCACUGACUCACUCACCCACUGACUGAGCCACUCACCCACUCACUCUCUCUCAAGGUAACAUGUCCCACGGCAGUCUCCCGCCACUGGCCCGUGCGGUGCUGGGUGUGUCGCCGCCCUCGUCUGACCUCAAGUAUCACCUUCCCCUGCGGCUCCUGCCUGUGUUCGGCAAGACGGACUCCCUGCUGGUGCCUGGUUACACGCUCACCCUGCCCCUGAAGAGGAGACACAGUUCCUGCGGCGUCUGCAGACUCAAGUUCAACUCUGAGAUGCAGGCCUCGUCCCAUUACAGCGGCACCAAGCACGCCAAGAGGCUGAAGGCUCUGGACUCCAUGGACACCAAGAAGACCUGGACCCCUGAACCGCUCAUCAAAAAAAAAAAACACCCCCCAGACACAGAGCCCUGCAGCUCAGAACUGCUAGAUUGGGCUGCUACCCCUUCCACCCGGGAGGAGGUGGAGUCUCUGGGUAGCACCGGCGUGGCCACCCUGAAGGGGGAGGGGCCUGACCCCUCCACCACCUUCCCUUGCCCAUCGGGGCCACCAGCACCACUCGGAGAUGGAAAAGGCCAGACGGCGGUGGGGGAGGUGGGGAUGGAGAUUGUGGAGGAGAUGAUGGCAGCGGGGGAGGAGACAGAGAGUGAGGAUGACAAAGCCAUUCGUCUGCUCUAUUGCUCCCUCUGCAAGGUGGCCGUAAACUCCGCCUCCCAGCUCCAGGCCCAUAACAGCGGUACUAAACACAGCACCAUGCUGGAGGCAAGGCGAGGGGGCGGAGCCAUCAAGUCAUUCCCCAGAUCAGGGGUCAAGGCCAAGUAUGCGGCUGCUGCGACUGCUGCAGGCCCCACUGUGGCAGCCUUGGUUGCAUCCACGGGACUGCAGAACAUGACGUUCCAUUGCGAGAUCUGCGACGUGCACGUCAACUCCGAGACGCAGCUCAAACAGCACAUCAGCAGCAGGAGACACAAAGACCGGGCAGCAGGCAAGCCGGCCAAGCCCAAGUUCAGCCCUUACCCCCCUACCCCACGAGAGCACGGACUCCAGGCUGUCUGCCUUGCACUGCGGAAGGAGCCCGACCUGGCCAAAACCCUGACCAGCUCCACCUGUCUCCUCCACCGACACCUUAGCGCUGCUUCAGUGGCAGCCAUGGUCCCCUUUCACCUCCGGCCCGUGUUCACCUCCAGCCCCGCCCUCUUUAAGAACCAGCAGCUCCAACAGACUCUGCUGCAUCCGGCGGUCAUGCCCAUCUGCUCCUCCACACACACGCCGCUUUUGUUCUCGCCCUUCUGACUUGGAUUACAACUCGGACAGCAAUAAAACAAACUGGAAGUUCCUCUCAUUUUGAUUAUUUGUUUUGCUUAUUCUUUAUGUCUGUGUUUUCUUUAUGGGGGUUUGAGCUUAUGCCAUAUUUGCGUGAGCCUAAGGCGGCAAGGACCCGGGGCCUUCAGACAAUAACCACCCACACACACAGAAAUCCCGAGGCCAUCUGAUGUGAUAGAUAUUCUUGGACUAAUCUCAAAACAUAGCCCUGACUACAUAUCUUUGGACUUUGGCGUAAUGUAAAACCAUCAAUCAGGAUUGCGUUGUGAUCAGCUGCAGAUACAGUAUGUGCAGAAAGAUGAACUUGUUGGAAAGUGAAUACAAGUCUCCUUUGCAGCAAGGAUUGCUGCACAGAGAUGGUCUUCUCCAUGAGAAGACCAUCUCUCAUGGUUUCCCUUGUCAAAGCAUCCGUUUGAUCAUAUGGCGCCAUCCACUGAACAAGAAACACAUGUGGCUGCUACUUCGGUGUGUGUGUGUGUGUGUGUGUGUGUGUGUGUGUGUGUGUGUGUGUGUGUGUGUGUGGUGCGUCUCCUACAGAUGUAGUCUUUUUAGGGGUACCGCAGUUUACUGCAUGGUUGCUGUGCUGACGAUACACAUAGCAGAAGAGGAUGAAAGAGAGUUUUGCAUUAAAAAAAGAUGCCAUCUUUUUCUGUUCAUCGGAAGACCUGCUGUAUUCAUCACUUAUUUAGUUUCAAAGGAUUCACAUUUUCUGUAACUUAACAAAGUUGUAUCUCUGUUCCCUGGUCAACCAAGUCUUUAUGAAUCAGUAAAGUAUUUAGACCGCAAAUUAAAACCACAUGUAAGAAGUCUUCCUUGGUGGCUGAAGAAGCUGUAGGUUAUUUUCCAGAUGUAUGUGACUAUAAACCCUAGCAUGAAGGAUUUCAGAUUUGUAUUAUUUUCUAAUAGUAAUGGUGUUGAAUUGUGAAUGGCAGAAUCUUAAUGACAAUCCUUGCAGGUGUGUGUGUGUGUGCCUGAGAGUACCUCAAACAUCUAUCUAUAUUUUUGAUAGAUCUUAAAUUGUCCAUGUAUUGGAUUUUAAGAUAAAUAUAGAAACAGUAAUGAUAUGGUAUGAUAUGAUAUGACCAUAUCCUCCAGAUAUGGUCCUGCUGAAGCAUAUAGAAAGGAGAAGAAAAGUGAUAAAUAAAAUGCAUUAAGUACACAUCUCUCUGCUGCUGUGGAGGCAUUGUCACGCUCAAAAUGAAAAGCCCCUUUGCUCUCUCGCUCUACUAAUGUGUGUGUGCCCCAGUAGUCACGGUCUGGAAUCCGUGGAUAAGACAACCCAUCUAGAUCAAAGUAAACA